AUGGCCUCGGCUGCUGCCACCAGCAACCUUCUAAAAAGCCUCCGGGACAUAGUGAAUUGCUCAGUCUGCCAGGAUAUUUUUAAAGAUCCGGUAACCCUGGACUGUGGGCACAAUUUCUGCCGCUCCUGCAUCGCCCAGCGCUGGGAGGGAUUGAAGAGAGACUUCCCCUGCCCUCAGUGCAGGAAAAGAUUUCGGAAGGGAAAUAUCCGGCCUAAUCCCCAGCUGGAAGAAAUAGCCAAGCAAGUGAGGCCUAACCCCCAGCUGGAAGAAAUAGCCAAGCAAGUCAGCGCUCCCACUGUGAAAGGGUCAGAGGGAGAGAAACUGUGUGAGGAACACAAGAAACCCUUAAAGCUGUACUGUGAGCAUCAUAGCAAAGUCAUUUGUGAGGACUGUGAUCUAUCCUUUGAGCACCACUACCAUGACGUGCUUCCCGUAGAGGAUGAGGUCAAGCCAUUGAAGGACAACUUUCAGGACGACAUACAAAACUGUACAAACUAUAAAGAAGCUACAGAGGCAUUAAAAUUAAAUGAAGAAAAGAAAAUUGCCACUUUGUUGACAAAGACAGAAACAGAGAGGCAGGAAAUUGUUUCUCAUUUUGAACGACGACAUCAGAUUCUGAAGGAGGAAGAGCAGCGUCUUCUGGCUGAGCUGGAUGAGAUGGAAAAGGUCAUUCAGGAGGCAAAGGAUGAAUCUGUCGCUAAACUGGCCGAGGAAAUAUCAUAUUAUGAUGAACGCAUAGCUGAGAGGAAGGAGGUGUGCCAGAAGACGCCAGUGGAAAUACUCAUGACUGAUACAUCCAACCUCUAUUGCUUGACGUAUUUGCCGUUCCCAAAGCCUGUUUCUCCUGAACUAGAAAAGAGAUUCAGCAAUUUCUAUCAAAAAUUCAAAGUUCUGAAGGAUGCAGUAAUCAUCAAAAGAACGGAUGUGACUCUGGAUCCAGGAACAGCUCAUCCUACAAUAGCGGUAUCUGAGGAUGGGAGAAGUGCAAGAAAAGUCUCCAUUCAGACUGUGCCCGAUAGUCCCAAGAGAUUUGAUACUCUUUCAGCUGUGCUGGGCUCGGAGGGAUUCGACUCAGGCCAGCAUUGCUGGGAGACAGAGGUGGGGCUGGGGGAAGACUGGGCUGUGGGGAUCGCCACAGAGUCUGUGCAAAGGAAGGGGAUAUUGGCCUUUCAGUCUCACCAUGAAAUCUGGAGUGUGUGGAUGAAGGAGAACAAGACUCAUCCAUCCUAUUGGACCCUGGCGGCUGCAAACCCAGCCCCAGAGGACACAAUACCAGCCACAAUGGGGGAUCCCGCUGUAAUGCCAACUGAGAUACUGGCCCCCACAUCCCGGAGCAAGACACGCAUAAAGAUCAGAGUUUGUCUGGAUUAUGAAAGGGGGUUGGUGACAUUUUACAGAUCUGAUAACAUGGCUCCUCCCUUCACUUAUUGUAUCACCUUCACAGAGAAAAUCUUCCCUUUCUUUUGGCUAUGGUCUGCAGAAGCAUGGGUCAGAUUGUGUCCCUGAGAUAGAGAUAAUAGUUUUAGCAUACGUGAC